AUGUCGAAUUUGUCGAAGCUUGAGUUUGUGGCACUUGAUAUCUCCGGAAAAAAUUACCUAUCAUGGGUACUCGAUGCUGAAAUUCACCUAGACGCCAAAGGUCUUGGUGCCACGAUUACUCAGGAUAAUACAUCAUCGAGUCAGGACAAAGCGAAGACAAUGAUUUUCCUUCGUCAUCAUCUGGAUAAAGGAUUGAAGGUUGAAUACCUGACAGUGAAAGAUCCACUUGAAUUGUGGACUGGUUUGAAGGAAAGAAUUACUUCCCAAUUGAAAUUAUGUGGGGAUAAUAUAACUGACGAGGAUAUGUUGGAAAAGACUCUUACGACUUUUCAUGCCUCCAAUUUGAUAUUACAACAACAGUAUCGUGAAAGGGGUUUUAAAAAGCAUGCUGAUUUGAUAUCAUGUCUUCUUGUGGCUGAGCAGCACAAUACCCUUUUAUUGAAAAAUUAUGAAGCCCGUCCCACUGGAACUGCUCUAUUCCCGGAAGCGAAUGUGGCAAAUAGAGGUGGUGCCUCUUCUGUUAAUGCCCGGGUGGAGUCACACAUGACUUUAAAAAAUGACGAUGAGGCAGGGCCUUCACGAAAAUAUGAUGAUAAUGUUGAAGCUAAUUUGACUUUGAAAGAUGAUGAUUUUGAUAGGCUUGAUGAUAUUACUCAUUUGGAAGUUGAAGACUUCUUUGGAGAUCAAAAUUGA